CAACAACAGAGAUGCAGGACGAAUCACUCACCGAGUCGGUUGUAUGUCAUACUGAUCUUCCCUUUUCUCUCCUCUUACGGUAUUUCCUCGAGUAGCAAGACCAGCAAUGCAGCUCCGGAUCCUCGAUUGCUCCGCGUGUUUCAGCUCUCAAGGGCUCCCUGAGCGGGAGGAAUACGUACUCCCGGAAGGCUGAACUGACAAGCGUCAAGUAUAUUAGCUUGGCAGGACAAGUGGACGAUGACGUUUUUCGUCGGAAAGAAUCUGCUUCAAAGACAGAAAACUCGGAGAAUUCAACAAAAAGUUCAAGUCAGAGAAAAAUGUUGGCAGGGCUGGCUAUUUAGCGCAAUGCAAAAUGCAAGCUGAGCUGCCAGAAAGAGUGUGAAAACUGCGAUGAAGGACAGCCGGGCAGACUCAAGCAGGGAAGUUUUAUUAUUGAUAAUAAUAAAUAAUAUGAAGCCACCGACAACCCAAACAAACAAGAGCAAACAGCCACAGUUACAAGAGGGCGAUUCUUGGCUUAUUAGAUCCAGUCUAAAAAUAACAUGGCGCCUACUGGAGUCGUGACGCAACCCGCUAACUACUCCACACUGCAUCAGUCCGUCGUGGCUCAGUCGCUGCCACGGUUGGUUAGACAGUAGUAGGUACUAGGUAGUGACUGGCCGCCGGUCGUUCGCAUGCCUCCCGAGCUUGCCUUGAAUGCCAUGAAACCAAGCGGAGUUAAAUCCACCCUCUCGCAACUCUGCAGUUACCACGGUUCCACAGGGAAUGAGGUAUCUCUCUGUUCCUGACUCUGGCUUCUUCAAAAUGGUACAGAGUAUACGUGGUUCAGAAAUGCUGAACAAUGGUUCGGAAUCUAUUACCGGGGAGAUCUGGAUCACGACCGGUUAAUCAAAUACAGCCUCAUUUAUUGUAUCCAAUCUGUGGGGGGACCUAUGGUUGCUCCGCCGAGCUUGACACUUCCGCUGCUGCAUAUAACCCUCUUUCCUCCUUCUUCCUAGCACAUACGAACAUAGGGAGUGGAAAAUAGGGCUUCCCGUCCGCUCAGCCGUACUCAAGCCACUCACCGGCCUGUUAGUAGUUGGGUGGGUGACCACCAGCGAAUCCGGGCUUUCGUAUGUUUAUGUUUUUUGUCUUAUAUAUAUAUAUACAAGCAUCAAAUGCUCGCUUACGCUCGCUUUGCUGCUUGUUCCACCCCUUCCACUCCCUACCUCCUCUACCACCACCACCGCCUCUACCGCCCCGCAACCCCCCCUACCACUUCUACCCCCUACCUCUACCCCCUACCUCUAAUAAUAAUAUUAAAUAAUAACAUUGCAGGUGAGCGGUAGCUUACUAAUCUCUAGGGCCUGGUAACAUAGGUGACGCGACUUCUGCCGUGUUACGUUACCCCGUUUUAUUUCUCGUUCCCACCACGCGCCACCACGCCAUAUCAUAUCACCAUCCAAAAUCUCCAUUCUCACCACUAAAUCUUUGCUACCCAUUUCACUUUUUGAUGUGACUCUUUUAUCCCUAUCUAAUGGCUGAGAACAGUUCACAGGAUUACAAGGCUCUCUUCCAUAGAGUGGAGCUGAGAAGGCAGGCAGAGGAGCGAGAGAGACAGGAAAGAGAGUUGCGAAGGCAGGCAGAGGAGCGCAGUCAGCCAACAACAUUCGAAGAGCUCAUCAAGGGUUGUCAUAAUUCAUUCUCCCAGCCUCUGCAGGUUAGAACGCCAUCCCACUCCACAAAGGGGGCUAUCCUGCCACCCACUGGGAAAUACUGUCCAACAAAUCUUCGCUUUUGGUCAAGCUGUCCGGGUCAACUGCAAGAAACUUACAAUGCAGUUUCCACUUAUCUUCAACCAACUGGAAGAGAUGCACCUCAGCUAUUCACAUCUCUUCUUGAGCUGGAUGGACUUGGUCGGCGGUAUUCUAGUCAAAAACUACGAGUGAGAAGGAUCUGAAGGCCUAUGAGCGAGGUGCGGUGGAAGAUCACGUCCAUGAUAUCAUAGCCGAGCUAUGCAAAAUACCUGAUGCCCGAGAGAGAUUCCGGCUUGGCGAUGGGAUCAUGUUUGAAAAUCAUGGAAAUCUUCUACAGUCAGAAGAGUCGGAUGUACAGCUGAUUGAUGAAUCCAGCUCACGGAACCUCAAACCAGAUUCAUUCUGUAUUCAUCAAAUCAACGGUUCCACCAAUACCUUGAUUACAACAGUCGAGUAUAAGCCACCACACAAGCUCUCAGUUGAAAAUCUCCAAAUGGGUCUUCGAUCGAUGAGGUUCUGGGAACACAUUGUUCAGUCAGACACAAUUCCUGACAAGGCCAAGGAUGAAAAGCUGAGAUAUCAUGCAGAACAGCUGACUGGCUCAGUCUUGGUUCAGAAGUAUCAUGUCAUGAUUCAACAUGGACUUGAGUAUUCCUACAUAACUACUGGACUUGCUAUCAUUCUACUUCAUAUUUCAUAUGAUGACCCUAGUACACUCUAUUACUAUCUCUGUGAACCAAACACAGAUGUGACUUCAGAAAAUUCUGAGGUCUUUCAGUCAAAGACAGCUGUUGCCAGAAUAUUAUGUUUCUGUCUGAUGUGCUUCCUCUCAGAUAUCCGUAAUCAGGAGUGGCGGAAUGCGGCAAGAUCUCAGCUCAAUACAUGGAUCUCAAGUUUUGAUUCUACACAGUCUGAAAUUCCUAAUAAUGAGCUGCAACAAACUCCUCCAGAAUUAGAAUACCCAAGCUCAGAAUAUGUGCUCUCUGAAUGUCUGCCAUCAUCUCCAUUACAGCCCGGCCGUCGAGUUUCCACCCGAUCUCGAACCACCUGUGCACCAAUAGACACUUCACUGCAGAGUGACCAUAUAGAUAGUUCUGACUCCGACUCUGGCCCAGCAUCGCACGGCCGGAAGCGGGGCUUUAGCCAAGUGAUGUCCUGUCCGCCCAGCCAGCGUUCAUCGGCACGUUCAGCAGGUCCUAGUCCUCGCCCAUCAAGCGGCCAGCACCAACACACAACACAUUACUGUACACAGCGAUGCUUGUUGAGUUUGCAACAGGGAGGUGAAUUGGAUCAUCAAUGUCCUAAUGUUUCUCUUCACCAGCAAGGUCAGAAUGGUGAUCACCAUCCUAUUGAUGCAAGAAAGCUUGUGCAACUACUGAAAGCACAGCUUGAUUGUGAUCUUGACCAUAACUGCACACCAUUUGGGAUUUCAGAAGUAUACCAGGUUCUUAAGAAAGCACAGGGUUCUGCUGUCCCUGUAUUCCUGGGGAUGAUUGAUUUGAAACUGGUCCUUUUUAUUCAUGGUGCUGGGGACAUCCGCCAUAUGCUUCUCAUGGGUUGGGCUGGGGAAAGUAUAGACAAAGUCAAAGUCUCGACGCUAAAUGAUGAAAUCUCCAAGUCAGUGAGGGAAAUCCGUAUGCUGGGAGUGGUGCAUAAGGACCUGCGGCCUGCCAACAUGUUAUGGAAUCAUGAACUGCGCCGGGUUCUGAUCAUAGACUUUCACCGGUCCGACAUAGACCGGCGCCCGAAGCAAAGGCGAGUUGGAUCCUUCAAAAGGUCACUUCAUGGGGUGGGCAUCAAACGACCCUGUAACGACAAUGGCUGGACCGGGCAUAUCUCUACGAUAACAGGGGCAGACGUCCAGAGUAGCGUCUGA